GCUCGUGUCAGUCCCGCUUGGCAUCAAGCGCUCCCCGUCACUGUGCAUGAGGCGAUGCGUGCGUGCGCCCUCCAAACGGCUUGGGCCCAGCAGUUCGAAGCAUCCGCGCAGACACAGCACACGAGCUUACGGUCAUUGCGAGUCCCGAUUCGAUCCUUUCGCCCUUGUUUCACCCUCCCUUAGUCUUGUGCAAUGUCGUACUUCUUUUCGACGCCGGUCGACAUCGACAUUGUGCUGGAAGAUGGCGAUGACAGGGCCAUGGUGGAUGUUCGGCAGGACAAGAACCGCAGAGAGAAGGUUCCCCUAUACAUGGAUGGCGAGUCCGUCAAGGGCGCAGUCACGGUCCGGCCGAAGGAUGGCAAGCGUUUAGAACACACAGGCAUCAAAGUGCAGUUCAUUGGCACCAUCGAGAUGUUCUUCGACCGCGGCAACCAUUAUGAGUUCCUGUCGCUGGGCCAGGAGCUGGCUGCUCCCGGCGAGCUCCAGCAUCCGCAGACCUUCCCCUUCAACUUCAAGAACGUGGAAAAGCAGUACGAGUCGUAUAACGGCAUCAACGUGCGUCUGCGGUACUUCAUCCGUGUGACGGUGUCGCGCCGCAUGGCCGACGUGGUCAGAGAGAAGGACAUCUGGGUCUACAGCUAUCGCAUACCGCCGGAGACAAACGCCUCCAUCAAGAUGGACGUCGGCAUCGAGGACUGCCUGCACAUCGAGUUCGAGUACUCAAAGUCCAAAUACCAUCUCAAGGACGUCAUCGUCGGCAGGAUCUACUUCCUACUCGUGCGCCUAAAGAUCAAGCACAUGGAGCUGUCCAUCAUCCGUCGAGAGACGACGGGGGCGCCACCAAACCAGUACAACGAGAGUGAGACGCUGGUUCGCUUCGAGAUCAUGGACGGUUCGCCCUCGCGAGGCGAGACUAUCCCGAUUCGGCUGUUCCUGGGCGGCUUCGACCUCACGCCAACAUUUCGAGAAGUCAAUAAACGCUUCUCAACCCGCUAUUACCUGAGCCUGGUUCUGAUAGACGAAGAUGCCCGCCGAUACUUCAAACAGUCCGAGAUUGUGCUUUACCGACAGGCCCCCGAGGGACUGACACCUCCGCCCCCUCAACAAUCCGAGCUCACUCCCGCUUGAGUGAGCGAGUAAGUAAGCGUGUGCGUGCCUGUGUGAGUUAGUGAGAGCGAUAAGCCAAGGCCGAUAUCUUUCACGCCGUCCAGGGUUGCGCAACGUCGCGCAAGACAUGUGGCAAUUUUGCACGCCGUUUUAGUCGGGUCUAUGCAAGGACUGCGCGCACGAUGUGCUCAACAUCUCCGGAUGAACGAUUUUGAAAAGGAGGUGCACAGCCGCGCCGGCAGCCUUGCGAGUCAAGAACCGCGUUGCGGCGUACCGGUGCACCUGACUUGCUUUCUGUACCAUAGUUGAAACCAACAAAGCACCCACUGUCAACUUUUGCAGCAUGGCGGUGCCCGCUUUCUCAUGCAC